GACGACGCGGUGAAGGGUGGGUGGAAGAGGGGAGAAAACGAGCAUACGGCCAAACGCCAAGUUACUUCGGGCGAAGGAAGAAGCACAGAGAUAUGGAGAUGGCUAGCUAGCUAGCUUCAUAGACAGAGAGAGAGAGAGAGAGAGAGAGAGAGAGAGAGAGAGUGCGAGAGCAAGAGCAAACAAGCGACCUAUAGAAGGAGCCGGCACUACUCGGCGGCCACCGUCCGAUACUACGUUGGCAGUUACUGGAGAAGGAGCAGAUACGUGGAGUGGGUGAAGGAGACAGAGAAAACGCUGCCGUCGUGUGUGGAUUACUGUUAGGGAAAAUACACCGCGAGAGAAGCAAACCAAUUGCACAACAAUCUCAACUACGGCGAUAUUAAGGUCGUCGUCCCCCAGACUCCCAGUGAUGAUGCUCCUGGACGGCACCUCUCUGUAGAAGGAGCAUGUCCAGCCACCCCCAGUCUGUGGCCCAGGGUCGCCGGGUUGUAGAUGCCCGACACCUUCCCAGCCCGGCAGCGCUACCGCUGCAGCUGGCCCGAACACAUGCGGAUGUAGCACUGGUGGAGUACCACACGCACCCACGUGACUUUGCUUCCCACCUGAGCCACGGAGCCCUGGCCCAGCCACAUCGCCGCCGGCCCUCCCUGCUGUCCGAGUUCCAGCCAGGGAAUGAGAGAGGUCAAGAGGCCCACAUCCGGUAUGAGCAUAUUUACAUGCCGGAGGCCAGCAGCCAAUCAGAUGUUGAAUACUCCGAGAUGAAACGUCCCAGGCUGGAUCUGGGGACGGAGUCUCUCCUGCGACACCCCACCCACAGGCCAUCUGCUCAGCUGGCUGGGACUGAGGACACGCCCAAGAAGGAGAGAGCUAGCAGCCUGGCCAAGCUGGAGCCCAUCUCCCCCGUAAGUCCAGCCCAAAUGGAUCCGGAUCUGGACUUGAUGCCGGCACGGUUCUCAAAGGAGGAGCUUAUCCAGAACAUGGAUCGUGUGGACCGUGAGAUCGCCAUGGUGGAACAGCAGAUAUGCAAGCUCCGUAAGAAACAGCAUCAGCUGGAGGAGGAUGCGGCCAAACCACAGGAGCCGGAGCCACCCAUGUCGCCCCCGCCCAGCGAGGCCAAGCACCGGAGCCUAGUCCAGAUCAUCUAUGAUGAGAACAGGAAGAAGGCAGAGGAAGCGCACCGGAUCCUGGAGGGGCUGGGGCCCCGAGUUGAGCUGCCCCUCUACAACCAGCCAUCAGACACCAAGCAGUACCAUGAGAACAUCAAAAUAAACCAGGCAAUGAGGAAGAAGCUCAUCCUAUACUUCAAGAGAAGAAACCAUGCCCGUAAACAGUGGGAGCAAAAGUUCUGCCAGCGCUAUGACCAGCUGAUGGAAGCCUGGGAGAAGAAGGUGGAGCGCAUUGAGAACAACCCACGACGCCGGGCCAAGGAGACGAAGGUGCGGGAGUACUACGAGAAGCAGUUCCCUGAGAUCCGCAAGCAGCGUGAGCUGCAGGAACGCAUGCAGAGCAGGGUGGGGCAACGUGGGGGGGGGCUGUCAUCUUCAGCUGCCCGCAGUGAACAUGAGGUCUCUGAGAUCAUUGACGGCAUCUCCGAGCAGGAGAACUCAGAGAAGCAGAUGCGCCAGCUGGCGGUAAUCCCUCCCAUGCUUUUCGACGCCGAACAGCAGCGCAUCAAGUUCAUCAACAUGAACGGCCUAAUGGGUGACCCCAUGAAGGUGUACAAGGACCGGCAGGUGAUGAACAUGUGGAGCGAGCAGGAGAAGGACACCUUUCGAGAGAAGUUUAUUCAGCACCCGAAGAACUUUGCUCUCAUCGCCUCCUUCCUCGAGAGAAAGACGGUGGCAGAGUGUGUUCUCUUUUACUACCUGACGAAGAAGAAUGAAAACUACAAGAACAUCGUCCGCAGAAACUACAGGCGCCGUGGGCGGAGCCAGCAGCAGCAGCAGCAGCAGCAACAGCAGCAGCAACAGCAGCAGGUCAACCGGAGCCAGGAGGAGAAGGAGGAAAAAGACAAAGAAAAGGAAGGAGAGCGGGAGGAGGAGAAGACAGAGGGAGAGGACAAGGAGGAUGGCCUGAAGGAUGACACCUCCGGAGAAGAUGGUGAAGAGAAGGAGCCAGCAGUGGCCUUCAAAGGCAGGCGCACGGCCAACAGCCAGGGCCGCCGUAAGGGCCGAAUCACACGCUCCAUGGCCAAUGAGGCAGAGGAGAGCGGCACCCCCCAUCAUAGCAGCGAACUGGCCAAUCUUGAGAUGAAUGAGAGCUCUCGCUGGACCGAGGAGGAAAUGGAAACUGCCAAAAAAGCACUUCUACUUUAUGGGCGGAACUGGUCAUCCAUCGCCAAGAUGGUGGGGUCAAAAACCGUGUCCCAGUGCAAGAAUUUCUACUUCAACUACAAGAAGCGGCAGAAGUUGGACGAAAUACUGCAACAGCACAAAAUGAAAUCGGAACGUGAGCGAAAGGCCCGGCGCAGUCGCAAGACGGUCCCUAGUGAGGGGGUCAGCGCCCCCUCAGCUGCUGACGAGGAGGAGAUGGAAGUGUCAGGGGACAGCUGCAAUGAGGACGAGCCCGUCGAGGACGGAGAAGCAGGGGCUAACAACAGCUCGGAUACAGAAAGCCUGCCAUCGCCUCGCUCUUCUGAGGAAAGCAAAGCCAAGGAAGAGUGUAGCGCCAGGACCAAGCCUAGCCAGGUGCCUGGAGCGGAGGGCUCCCUAGUGGAGGAAGGUUCCUACACAGGGGAAGUUGACCGGGGAGUACCUGACUCAGGGCCCAUGUCCAUGGAGGCAGAGCUUGUGGCACAGCCAGAGGCAAAGAGUGAGCCCGAGGAAGGCUUUAAGGAGCAGCCCAUUGACUGUGCAGAGAAAAAGCCCCCUCCAGAGGCAAACCAAGGAAAGGGCUCUAUCAAGAGCACCAAGAAGGAGAAUGAAACCAAAGCUGGCCGUCAAGGGGACAGCGACUCCAGUGCCACCUGCAGCGCCGAUGAGGUGGAGGAGCCGGACAGCACAGAGAGGAGCAGGAUAACCUCUCCUAGGCCCAGUCUGCUGAACUAUACCCAUGAUGGGGUCAUUUCCUCAACACAGCAGAAGCCCAUGGACCUUAAGCAGCUCAAACAGAGGGCCGCUGCUAUUCCGCCUAUCAUGCCAGAGGUUUCUGCGCAGAGUGGUCCCCGUGGUGCCGGUGGGGGUUCAAAGCAGCUGGUGCCCCCCCAUGCGCUGGCUUUGUACCAGCAGCAGAUCACCAUGGCACAUGAACUGUCCCAGGAGGGGCCCCCGACCGGCAAGCCUCCACAGCAGCAGCUCCAUAUCCAGCAGGCACCCAGGGACCGCCCCCAGGCUCGGAGCCCCGCCCCCAUGGCCCCUGACAAGGAUGACAAGCCGAGUGCAUUCUCCCCACAUGGGGAAGGCCGGAAGCCGGGGUCGGCUGCAGAUGAUCUCCGGCCUGCCGGCUCCAGCCGGCCUGUCAUUCCCCCCUACCAGCCAUCUCCACGGGAUGUGGGCCGCCUGGUCCACGAGCAGCCGCUGCUGCACUACAGCCCCACAUUCCCACAGGCUGUACACGGACUCCCGCUCGCUCUGCAGCAGGACGCAGGACGCCUGGCCUCUACUGGCCGGCCCCAGCCCAUUCCGGAGCCCCCUCCCCUGAUCUCCUCUGCCAAGCCUGGAGGUUCUAUCACCCAGGGCACUCCAGUGCAGCUGCACAGUGCUGCCCAUGGACCCGAGCAUAGCAAGGGCCCUGCCGGGGGUGCUCUCAGCCUGACGUGGAUGGAGCAGAAGAAGCUGGGACCGUACCCUGUGGUGAAGCAGGAGCAACUCUCCCCACGGGCUCUUAGCUCUCAGCCCGAGAACCUGUCCACAGCAGACCUUACCACAGGCCGCGUGUCUGUGCCAGCAGUCCAGGGUGGGAGCAUAACCAAGGGCUUGCCAGGUACGAGGGUCCACCAGGACCCCCCCUCAUAUCGCGGAGGCUCUAUAACUCAGGGCACCCCGGCUGACAUGCUGUACAAAGCUUCACGUGAUGAGACACUCAGCAAGGCCCACGUGGUCUAUGAGGGUGUCAGCGGCCACAUCCUCACCUAUGAACGGGCAAUGGCACAGACUCCGAAGGAGGAGGUCCGCGGGGAGCUCCUGGGUCUGAAGCGGCCCUAUGAUGUCAUGGAGGGGGGCAUUACACGGGGGCUGCCUCUGCGGGACGCCACAGGGCUGUCUGCCCCCAACUGUGAAGGGCUGGUUGAACGGGUUAUGCCACAGGACCGCCACAGCCCACAUUUCAAAGAGUCCCACCACAUCCGUGGGUCCAUCUCACAAGGCAUCCCACGCCACCUGGACCAAAGUGAGUACCUGAGGCGGGAGGCCAAGCAGAUGAAGCAGGAGGGUUCGCCCCCCUCCAGGGGGCCUGACUCUCUGAAGGGUCGUCCUCAUGACAGUGCUGUGGCGACUGUCAAAGAAGGGGGGCGUUCGAUUCAUGAGAUCCCGCGGGAGGAGCUGCGGCAAGCACCCGAGGGUUCCAUGGGGGGCAAGGCUGCCAAGGAGGGCUCCAUAACACAGGGCACGCCAAUGAAGCAGGAGGCCAGUGGCUCCGGAAAGCGCCAUGAUGUACGCUCCAUCAUCGCCAGCUCCCCGCGCUCUCACCACACCAUGCCACCCCACACAGAGCGUGCUCGAGCCUACGACGAGCCCCUUCCCAAGACGCGCCCGAGCGCUGUGGUCAGCACUCCCAGCUCACUGUCCCGUGCUUCCCCCCUGGCCCUGGGGGGCGGGGCUGAGCCAGUGGGGAGGGCCCACCACAGUCCGCUGGGUUAUGAGGAGCACAAGGGGGCACUGCGGGCACCGUAUCCUGGCCCCUCUCACCGAGGGUCUCCUGUCUCCUUGAGGGAAUCAGGACAGCGAGCGUCAGAAGGUUUGAAUAAAACACAAGCACAGGAGCGCAAGGCCACACCCACCCCACGGGAGAUGAGCUCCAACAAGUCUCCCCUGACAAGUGCUGUAGCAGAGCACCACGCCUCGAUAGCUUCCUAUGAGCGCCUGCUGCAGGGCCUGGGAGCCGAGAUGUACCGCGGGCAGAUCCCCCUGACCUUCGACCCCGCCGCCUUGCCCAGAGGAAUCCCCAUCGAUCCAGCAGCAGCGUAUUACCUGCCUCGCCCCCUGGCCCCGGGCCCCGGUUACCCGCACCACUACUCCCCGUACCUGAUCCGAGGCUACCCAGAUACGGCGGCCCUGGAAAACCGGCAGACACUGCUCAACGACUAUAUCACCUCACAGCAGAUGCACCAGUGGCCAGCGGCCGCCAUGGCCGCACAGCGCUCAGACCUGCUGCGGGGCCUCUCGCCCCGGGACCAGCCCCUCGGUCUGCCAUACCCCACAAGCCCCCGCGGAAUCAUCGACUUGUCUCAGGUCCCUCACUUACCUGUCCUGGUGCCUCCUUCUGCAGGGGCGACCAGCUCCCCCAUGGAUCGCAUCACCUACAUCCCCGGGGCCUCCAGCGUCUUCCCCAGCCGCUCUUACACCUCCUCACCCAUCUCUCCAGGUGGUCCCUCGCACAUAAGCAAGAUCCAGGGGGUGGCAUCAACUGAUCGGGAACGGGAUCGAGAACGGGAAAGGGACCGGGAGAGAGACCGUGACCGUGAACGGGACCGGGAGAGAGACCGUGAACGAGACCGGGAAAGAGACCGAGAAAAAGAACGUGAGAAGGAACGAGAGCGUGACCGAGAACGAGAGAGGGACCGUGACCGUGACAAACCCGGAUCCCUGAGCCAUGGCAACGUGGAGCACGCCCCCAUCUGGCGACCUGGCACAGAGCACAGCUCUGGAAGCGGCUGUUCCAGUGCUGCACGGCCUUCCUCGCGCUCCUACAGCCACCAGCAUUCGCCGGUGUCUCCCCGUACCCAAGACAGCCUGCAACAGAGGCCCAGCGUGCUACACAACGCCGGGGGCCAGAGUCUGCCCGUGCCCCCCGACCACACUGGCCCCUCAGUCCUCAGGUCCUCACGGCACACGGUGUACAGCACCCACCUACCGCAGAGGACAGGGCUUCCCCCAGAUGCCUACCUCCAAGGCCUGGAGCAGACUACCGUGAAGGAGCACUCCAGGGGCACAGAGGCGGCCAAGAGCCACAGCCGGGGCAGCAGCAGCUUGUCCAAGCCCCCCCAGGACCAGCACCCCACGCUCUCCUCCUCAUCCUCCUCCACUUCUUCCUCAUCUAUAAGCAAGUCUGAAGCCAAGCUGGUGAACACAUCCCUGGGGGGCUUGUACAGCGCGCCCUACUCCCCAGCCUCUGCCCACCUGGGACACCCCCCGGGCCGCCCCCACCCGCUGCUGCCCCCGCACCAGCUGCCCCCACAGUCGGAGAACCCGGCCAACAGCGGCGGUCCCCCUAGUAGGGAGAAGACUCCAAGCAAACCGAUGUCUGUUCAGGACCAGGAGCUGCGAGCCCUUGUUCUGCAACAGAAGGCCCUGGAGCAGCAGCACAGUCUCUAUCACCCCCCACCGGAAGGAAGCCCAUCCCCCGGCCUUCCCAGCCAGCAGCCCAACUCACCCUAUGUCAAGGGCAGCCAGAGGGUGGUCACUCUGGCCCAGCACAUCAGUGAGGUGAUCACCAAGGACUACACACGUCAUUCCCAGCAGGCUAACCAGCCAGCAGCCUACAGCUACCACAGCUCGCCAGUGCUGGACCUCACACGCCCCCCUAGCACCCCCCAAGAACCUGGCCUGGUUGCACACUAUUCCCCUGAGGGAGUCCAUGGGGAGCGUGGCAGAGACCGAUCUCCCAUCCAGAGCAAGAUGUCCCCGAGCAGCCUUCCCGCAGAUGGCAUCGAGCCUGUGUCCCCACCUAGUGGGCUUUCAGAUGCCGACCCACACGGGGCCUCCUACCCCAGCGAGCAGGGCCACCAGGGGUACGUCUCCCCUGUGCAUAAACACAUUCUCAGUGCCGGUGUGAUAUGCAACGGGGUCCCCUACCCCAGCCAGCAGGGCCACCAGGGGAUGGGCUCCCGCUCACCAGCUGGCAGCUCACAACCUCCGGCCUUCUUCAGCAAACUGACGGAGAGCAACUCCGCCAUUGUCAAGUCCAAGAAGCAGGAGAUGAUCAAGAAGAUGAUAGUUAGCGGUGAUGCAAGUCAGCCUGGGACUGAGAUCUUCAACAUGCCUGCAUCGACGACCGCAGGUAUAACCCAUGCAUGGCCUGUGGCCACAAGGAGCCAGCCAGCCCCCGAGGCCUCGGGUAACACCAUUGGACUGGAGGCCAUCAUCAGGAAAGCCCUGAUGGGCAAGUAUGAUGAGCAGGCAGAGGAGCGCGCGGCGAUGCCCCCUGGCAGCGGCCUGUCAGCCUCCGCGCCACCCAGCGAGACCCGCGGCGAGGACACCUACCCUUCAGCAGGCAUGGGGAAAGGGAAAGCUGGCGGGCGUUCCAAUGGCCGUAAGACCAAGUCCCCUGGGCCGGGGAUGCCGGGCAGCGAGAGGCCGUCCUCCGUCUCGUCCGUCCACUCAGAGGGGGACGCAAACCGGCGCACUCCCCUCACCAGUCGCGUCUGGGAAGACCGGCCAUCCUCCGCAGGGUCCACGCCCUUUGCCUACAACCCCCUGACCAUGACCAUGCGCUUCCCUGCUGGCGUCGUGUCUUCUGUGCCCUCCCCGUCCUCCGGAUCCUCCUCCAUGCAGCCUGGCCCACAGGGCCAGAACCAGGGACAGCAAGGCCAAGGGGCCCAGGGAAGGGCCUGGGAUGAGGAGCCCAAGCCGCUGCUGUGCUCCCAGUACGAAACGCUGUCCGACAGCGAGUGACCAGCCAGCACCGUCCCAAACACCGCUCGCCUCAGUCCACAUCGCCAGCACCACACGCUCACACACGCUGCACUCCAGGGCUUCCAGAACCUUCUAGUCAGAGCACGUAACCAUCAGACACCUGGGUACCUGCCUGACUCCGCUUUGGGGCGGAGCGUGUUUGUGUGCAUGUGCUUGUGCGUGUGUCCACAUUCACAGAAACACUCCCUGAAUCAAGCACUCUUUAGUUUAGUGCCCCCCUUCGCUGGCCUUAUCAGGGGAUGGGACACCUCAGAUGUGCAAUGCAUCUUGUGUAUGAAUGCCUUGUAUUCAGUGAUUCCCAGUGACUGUGGAAUGCUCCACGGUACGACCCAUAGUCUGAUGCCAAUUUAUUUUUUUUUCUUUUUAAACAGCAGUAAAAGUUUGACAUGUAUUUUGGCACGGACACCCACAGGCCCCUCCCUGCCAGCCUGCGUAGCCAGCAGACAGGCCCCUCCCUGCCAGCCUGCGUAGCCAGCAGACAGGCCCCUCCCUGCCAGCCUGCGUAGCCAGCAGACAGUCCGCUUCCUUGGGUAGUGAGGCGCUCUAAUGUCCACCCUGAGGGUGAUUCUGGGUGAGUCAGACCACCCUGCCCUCGCCGCACUGGACUCAGGAACACCGGCCAUUAGCCAGUGCAGACAGAAAUAAUAUUAAGAAUUAAAAACACUGAAACCAGCAGGCCUCCUGUGAUCACUUCAGCCUCUCCUGUACAAAACACCCAGUCCUGUACACAUGGCUGUGUCUAGACAGAGGGAAUCUUUCAAAUAGUCACCGGCCUAUUUCUGGGCUUGCUUAAUGUCAGCCUUGGGUGUAGGUCAUUUUAUGGGGGGGGGGCAUUGUGUAUUGUGGGAUAUAUAGGCAGCAGGUACGCUUUAUACAGUACCCAGUUCUCUGUUAGCCGGCACAGCUGCAUUACCCCCUACAAACGCAGUGUCUGUCCUACCAACAGAGUUUGUAAAGUGAGAGAUGAGGAAGAGCAGAUAUAUAUAUAUAUAUAUAUAUAUAUAUAUAUAUAUAUAUAUAUAUAUAUAUAAUAUAAUAAAAAUAUAAAAAUGUGUGUGUAUAUGUAUGUACGUACAAUGAUUCACGGCAGUUUAGUCCUGUGUUUGUUUGAAAGUGAGUUGCAGAGUUCAGAUACCUUUGGCGGUGACCUUGGCAGGUUGUGGUCCCCGUCCAAUAGCAGCAGUUUGUGUGGGGUGUUAAUCAGGGUGUUCAUUUCAGUGCUUCUACAGGGUAAACGUAUUCUUUGUGUUCUGUGUCGUCAGACAUUAAAACAGUUUUUUUAUGGGAGCGGGACUAUCGCUUUUCUUUAGUUGCAAUGUAACACAAAGACCUUUUUAAAACUUUUUUAAUAUGGAUAAGUGAAUUUUGUUUAGUAUUUUCUUUAUUAUUGAGACUGUUUUGAAGAUGUUCAGCACUUAAAUAUGAUCUGGUUCACAGUGGCUUUCUUGAAGAGGCACAUGAGGUUAAAAUGGAGAGUGCAUGUAUGUCUGUGUGUGCGUGCGCCUUAGCGACGUCUCCACCCUCCUCCAGGGUCCAAAGCUCAAACCACAGUUUCACUGUCAUAAAGCCAUGUUGAACAAGCAGAGGCUAGUUUUAAAACUGCAAAGAAUAAACAUGAAACAAAAGCAACACUGAAGCUGACAUCCAGUGUCAUUGUGUGAUUGCUAGCUGGCACACUGGCUGGUUUAGUUCCUCAUGUAGGCUACGUCUGUUGCUCAUGUCACCAUGGAGAUGUCAUGUGACUUCUGACCUGACCAUUUGGAGGGUGAGGGCAAAGGUGGGUAGUUCCGAAAGUAAAAGUACAGACCAAAAUUUAGUUUCCUUCACAUGCUUUUACGCCUUUUCUCCUCCGCAGAGGUGUCUACACUCUAACAUUUAGUGCCAUAUUACAAACACAUUUCUGAAGUCAUCACCCCAUUCUGAAGUCGACUGCAUUGUGACGCUGGCAGCUGAUCACCGAAAGGAUGGUGCCCUUCACUCCCUGUUCAGGAGUAUGUGAUCUGCUUCCUUCUGGUGACUGUCGUCUCAUGUGCUCUGUGGUCUAUCGUCACAAAAAGUGGCACCAUAGGCCAGAGGUCCUAUCAUAGUUGACUGUUACCUCAGAGACAAAGACAGUCACAGCUGCUUGUGCAUAACAUCCAAUGAUAGAUACAAAGACUAGGGAGACGUAGCAUUUCCUUCCGCUUGACAUCUUCGUUAGCACAGGCAGGCUGUGGUCUUCUUACCUGGGAGGCCUGACCAGAGCUGAUACUGGACUCAUGCGGGAGCGGAGAUGAAUAGCGUCCUGUUGCUGCUUCCCUUAGCAUUGAGCGAUAUCGUGUGUACGAUCAUUGGGCAGCGAGUUGUCUUGGUGAUGCUUAAAACAGUAGCUUGGCAGUAAACCUCUUAUGCAAUAUCUCCAGUGAAUUUUCUAUUUUAAACUUUAAUUUUAGUAUUUCAGGUAAUAGUUUUAGCCUCUGUUUUACAUGAUCCACUGCGGUUGUCUUUGUAUGAGGCGCCAAGGUCAGAGCGCAUGGUGGCUGGCAUGAUGACAACGUGUUUGCCUGCAGCCGAGAGAGCGAGCUUUUUGCCACCUAAUGACAAGGCCAAAGGCGGUCUAGCCUGAUCAGAUCCAGAGCACAGGUCAUACUGCAGGUGCUGAUAUAGGUACAUUGUGAGUGCUUGGGCUCCCUGUGCUACUUCCCUUAACUCCAAAAAUGGACAAACUUUAACCAAUCAACUAAUCAAGACAAGCAGAUAAAAAAUGUAAGGACUGUUUAUUACCGUAUAUUGGGGAAACAUCCUUUAGUUUUAAAUUGUGAUGCCUGUUAGCAGUAAGACCAGAUCACAUCCCUACUUGUAAGAUGAAGAACGAAAAUCAUUAUCUAAGUCUCUUUAAAAGAUUUUCUAGUUUUCUUUGUGUCUGCUUUGGCUGCUGCUUGCUUCUAUUUUUGUUGACUCUGUGAUCAAGACCAACUUUUCAUCUAUAAAGAGAAGGGGAUGUUAGCUUUAAUUUUUUUUAUAAUUAAGGAAACAAUUCUAGGCAAAGAGACAGAACGGCCAAUAUGUUGCCCAGAAUCUGAUGGAGUGGGAGUCGGGAAGCGUAUGUUUUGUACAACUAUAUUGUGCAUAAUUACUUUUUCUUUUCUUCUGUUUUCUAACCUAGUGUAUAAUAGCACGGACUGUAAAUAGAACUGAAGAGAUGUAAAUAUUUAUGUGGCUUUGCUGCAAGGUUUGUAUCCACUGGAGAACUGUCUUCACUGUCUAAUGCAACCUACCCACAGGCCUUGUGGAUAGCAGUGUACAAAACAGGAAACACUGCCUUCAUGUUCAAAUAAAAGCUUAUUGCCAUUGA